AUGGUCUUCCACCUCAUCGUGGCGUGGGGAUCUCUGGGUGUCGAACUGCGAAGUACAGUGGAGGUUUGUCCUCCACCAGGGUCUCGCAAGCUGAGAAGGAGUUCAAGGUUUCCGCUCGGCCCAGCUAAGAUUAGGCAAUGCCAGAGCAUCACCGACUGGCUGAUUCAAUCGCUACGUGGUCCGCUGAUCCACAUAAGGUCAGCGAUUGCCUGUGGUGAAAGCUUGGCAGGCUUUGGCAAGGCUGCUAAUGUUUGGGGAAAAUUCUAUUGCCCGUACACCAUGUAA